AUGUCAACGAAGGUGUUGAUCCACGAUUACCCGCACCGGACAGUAGCCCUCGCAACAGAUGAGCAUGUCCUGGUAUUUCGCCACUCUCAUGCUGCACCAGAGAGUGGCAGGGCCUCAAUUUCGAGCUCGACCAGCCUGCCACUGGGCAACACGAGUCGAUCCAGCCAGACACCUCGGUGUAUGGUAGAGUUCGGAGACAAGUCUCUCAUCAACCUCGAGCACUUUCAUCCUGUCACUACCGCGAGGGGUACCCUGGGUCUCAUCACCCUCAACAACGAUGUCUUCCUUUGUGUCAUCACAGGGUCAGAGGAGGUGGCUACUGUGAGGCCAGGCGAGACUGUCCAGAAGAUCUUCGCCGUGGAGUUCUACUGUCUCAACCGUGCAGAUUACGAUCACGCUCAUGGGCCUUAUCCAAACCCAUAUCCUGGACAGGUCUUCCAGUCGGAUGAUGUCGACUACACCCAAGGCGAUGAUGUCUCUGAACAUCCAUUUCACGCUUUGAAGAAACUCCUCAGCAACGGCAAUUUCUACUACAGUGCUGAUUUUGAUCUGACACGACGGCUUCAGGAUCGUGCCGAGGCAGAAAGUACCGUUGACAUCUCCAGUCUCGACGAAGGCCUUCUUUGGAACUCUUACAUGAUCGAUCCAUUGAUCAAAUUCAGGAGCAGGCUUACUGAUCUCGAACGAAAUGCCCUGGACCGCUCUCGCCUUCUCACCUCUGUGAUUCGAGGCUUCGUCAAAAGUCUGCCGAUACCACCAUCUUCCUCCCCAAUCCGGGGCACUGUCCCUGGUCCACCCACAACCCUAAGUAUCAUAUCUAGAUUAUCGUCCAGAAGGGCCGGUACGCGCUUCAACUCCCGGGGCAUUGACGAUGACGGUAAUGUUGCCAACUUCGUCGAGACUGAAACUGUCUUCUGGUCUCCCACCGGCCUGUGCUUCUCAUACACUCAAGUGCGAGGCAGCAUACCAAUAUUCUGGGAAAGCUCGAGCAGCCUGAUACCAGGCCAACAAAAGAUCCAAAUCACCCGCUCGCCAGAGGCCACGCAGCCAGCAUUUGACAAGCAUUUCGCAACUCUAGAGAGAACCUACGGUGCGGUCCAUAUUGUGAAUCUGCUGAGCGCCUCCAAACCCGGUGAGGUUGAGCUGACAGAGAGGUACCGGUACCAUGUGAGUAGAAGCCCACUGCGACGGCAUGAGGAAGGUGAAGUGGAAGAGCACCAUCUGCUCCACGAAACAGAAUUUGAUUUCCACGAACGAACUCGUGGACCCACCGGAUACGAGGCAGCAAAAGCGAUCCGACCAUAUUUGGACACGAGCGCAGAGUCGUUUGUCUACUUUCUCUCAGAAGAGAUAGAGGAAGUUGCCGUCGAGCAGGGCAGGAGGAAACUUGUCCGAAGGCCUAUUGUUAUCAUGCAACAAAACGGCAUCUUUCGUGUCAAUUGCCUUGACUGCUUAGAUCGGACCAAUCUCAUACAGGGCAUCAUCAGCCAGAUGGCGUUGGAGUUGUUUCUAUCGCACCGAGACGAACGAGGCAAUUCUGACUUUUGGAUGCGCCAUUCUGCAUUGUGGGCCGACAAUGGAGACUCCCUUUCGAGAAUAUAUGCUGGGACCGGAGCGUUGAAAAGUUCAUUCACAAGACACGGCAAGAUGAGCCUUGCGGGUGCUCUGGCAGAUGCUCGAAAGAGUGCUACACGCCUCUAUGUCAAUCACUUCGAGGACAAGAACAGGCAGAAUACUGUUGAUCUGUUGCUCGGCAGAUUGGUCGGACAGACGAGCGUGGACCUGUUCGACCCUAUCAACGACUGGGUCGUGGCGGAGGUUGCUAGACGGAGAGCGGAGUUUGAGUCGCGGGAUCAGCUCAGGCUCGGAAUGGGAACAUACAACUUGAAUGGCAAAACAACAGGAAUCCAUGAAGACUUGACUCCUUGGCUGGACGUCCGCGGCAAGAACCUAGACAUCGUGGUGGUGGGCUUCCAAGAAAUCGUCGAGCUCAGUCCGCAGCAGAUUAUGAGCACAGACCCCAACCGUCGAAUGUUGUGGGAACGGGCAGUCAGAAACUGUCUCAAUGGGCAUGGUCCCGACGAGAAAUUCGAGGGGGUACCCACAAAAGGCGACGAAUAUGUCCUUUUGAGGAGCGGGCAAUUGGUGGGAGCAGCCUUGAUGGUCUUUGUCCGGGCAAGCAUUCUGAGUAGAAUCAAGAAUGUUGAGGGCGCCAUCAAGAAAACAGGUAUGAGUGGGAUCGCUGGAAAUAAAGGAGCCGUCGCCAUCAGAAUGGACAUUGAAAGCACGUCGGUGUGCUUUGUCACGGCCCACUUGGCCGCAGGGUUCGCCAACUAUGAGGAACGGAAUCGAGACUACAACACAAUCACCUCGGGCCUGCGGUUCCAACGCAACCGGAGCAUCGAAGACCACGAGAUCAUCGUGUGGGCGGGGGACUUCAACUAUCGGAUCGGUCUAGGCUACGAGCGCGUCAAAGCCCUAGUCACCGAAGCGAUGAUCGGGUCCGAAAAGGUUAGAGAAGAUGCGUUGGGCAAGCUUUACGAAAACGACCAACUCAACAUCCAGAUGGUGGUCGGAAAUUGCUUCAACUAUUAUCGGGAAGGACGGGUCAAGUUCCUGCCGACAUACAAGUACGACAUUGGCAAAGACGAGUUCGACUCCAGUGACAAGCAACGUAUACCUGCCUGGACCGACCGUAUCCUCUGGAAGGUCAACCAUAACCGAAACGUAGUGCAGGCUGGAGAGAUCCUCGGCUCGCAUAUGAAGCAAUUAGAAUAUGACAGCGUCAUGGCCUUACGGUUCAGCGACCACCGACCGGUCUAUGCCAUAUUUGACGUGGGGAUCCGGGUGGUAGACGAAGAGAAGAAGGAUGCCUUGACCAAGAAACUAUACUCAAAGAGAGCGAAGGAGAUGAAGAGCAAAGCGGGAGAUUCCACUGAAGGGUUGGAUGAUAUGGAGACGGAUGACGAAACCGACAGCAUCAUGGAGAGUCUCAUGGGAUAUGAGAGCAUCCAGGAAGGCCUGCCGCCGGCGAGCAGCGACAAGCGAAAGUGGUGGUUGGAUGGCAAUAAAGCCGCCAGAAGCACGGUGCGCCCACCCAAGGAGGGCAUGAUAUUGAGCGGGAACCGCGAAGGCAACCCGUGGCGUGAGGGCGGAGAGGACGACUGGGUCGAGAUCGAGAGGCCGCCGAUCAUGGACAACAACAGCAACAACAACAAGCAAGGCAACAGGCUCGGAAGCAGGAAACCAGAACCGCCACCACCGAGGACGGUGAAGAGAAUGGUGCCUCCACCCUGGGAGGGAGAGCGAGCUGCAACGCCAUCCACACCGGCGGCAGAGAUGAAGGCCCUUCGACGUCCAACACCCCCGACACCACGAGGAGGCUCGGUGCCACGGAAUCGAGCUCUCAGCGCCACCACCUCGCCUGUCCGGUCCGCCCUGUCGUCGACAGGUGAUCUGGUAAACAUUCCUGCCCGAUCCUCCUCCGCGGCAGGGUUCCCCAAGAAACGUCCUCCGCCCAAACCCACAAAGCCGUCGGCCCUCACGGCCUCGUCCAGCCAGGUCGCCGUCCCGCAGCUGAGCCCUCUGCCCGGCCCAGUCCUGCCGCGACUGGCAAGCGUGUCCCGGCCAGAGGUUUCCAUGGCGUCGUCGGAAUCUGAAGAGCGCCCUCCACCACUUCCCCGGCGCACGGAGACGGCGAGUUCCACGGCCUCGUUCGUGAGCGCCCCGGAAUCCUUCUCGGCGGGCCACGGGACGAGAAAUCUGCAACGGGGCAUCAAUCCUCCUCCUCACGCUCUGCCUCCUCUGAGAGCAUCGAAACUCCAGACCCAGCGCGAUGAUGAGUCGUACGAUGCUCCCGCACCACCCUUGCCCCCGCGGAGAGAUACAGGUGGCACGAGCACCAAUGCCCCGGCUUUGCCAGUGAGGAACAGACCGGACGGCGGUGCAAAUGCAAACGCCAGUGUCAAUGCGAACGAUGGUCUCAUGGACGAGGAUGACAGGCCAGGAGCGGGCAGGUUGGAUAGUAGGUUUAAGCCGCUGAUGCCCAGUUGA